UAGAGGUGAAUGUAUGUGUUUAUUUGUGAGCGUCUUCAUUUGUUUCGCAAAAGAUGAAAAGUCAGAGUUGAUAUAGUUUCUUCCUAAAUUCAACAUAUUCCAUGCACUUGACAUGUACAUGUACACACAUAUUCCCGUCUGUCUUGUAUGCCUGGAAUGCGUUGGAUCCAGAGAGGCCACGUCAAUAGUGUUCGAAUUGGCAGAUGCAUUUGUAAACAGCAAUAAGCUAAUCAUCAUGCGGUAUAGCUAUCGCCUUUCGACAUCAUGCUCCUCGAUAUAGAGUUGAAACUUUGACAUAAAUUAGUUACGCCAACUCGCUACACGAAGACUUUGUAUUUUACAAGAAUACUAAUAUAAUAAUAGAAGGUCAAUCCAUUUUUUCUAAAAAAUGGCCAAGACAUGUCUCCUUUAUAUUCGCUGAUUAGCCACAAUGGCAAUGACUAGACAUGUCUCCAGAAUUUUCCUAGCGCACCAUCAUCCCCAUUUGUUCCCGUUUCCUUUCACGGUUUCAUUCGGCCUCCUCUAGCCUCAGCCUUCUCUCCUCAACCAUGAACACGCCUACGUGGAGGGCCUGCGACCGUUGCACUCUCUGCAAACCUGGGAGCUCUGCUGCCAGAGACGAAUGUUGCGCCGCGCGUUCUCCUCAAGCUCCCGAUGAAGGCAAUCUGUCUGCCAUCACCGGUGCCGUGUUUUUCCCGCACCGUGGGAGCUCCAGGGAGAUUGCGCUCACGGCAUCCGUCGUCCAUGAGGACAGUGGCUCGAACCAAUUAAAUUCUGUGAUGGAUAACAAGAUUAUUAAAGUCAUGACAUACAAUGUAUGGUUUCGGGAGGAUCUGGAACUGAGCAGAAGGAUGGAAGCUCUUGGAGAUCUUAUUCACCACCACAACCCAGAUCUUAUAUGUUUCCAGGAGAUUACACCAAACAUAUAUCAGCUUCUCCAAAAAUCUGGUUGGUGGCAAGACUACAAGUGCUCGCUAUCAGAUAAGAUAGACAUGUACAUGAAGAGGCGAUAUUUCUGCAUGCAACUGAGCAAAUUGGAUGUGAAUUCUUUUGACUCCAUCCCAUUUGGUAACUCAGUAAUGGAUAGGGAGCUGUGCACGGCAGACUCCAACGUUGGAGGCGUGACAAAGCUGAUGUUGGCUACAAGCCACCUAGAGAGCCCAUGUGGUCGAGAUCAGAUGUACAGCAAGUAG